GCCGCGCCCCGCCCCGCCUCGCCUGGCUCCUCGAUGGGCUUUUCCUAGGGAAAGACAAAGUUUCCCGCGCGGCCGUAGCGGGAAGCGCGGCCGUGACCGCCUCCGGCGCCCUGCCCUCCCCGCGCAGCGAGGGACACCAUGGUGCUGAGCGCGGAGCAGGUGAGCCUCAUCGGGCAGGUGUUCGAGUCCUACGUGCUGGAGCACCACAGGGACGAAAUCCUGGCCAUCCUGAGGGAGCCGGACGACCAGGCGCACUACCCGGUCGUCGUCGACGCCUUGACGCUCUUUGAGACCAACAUGGAGAUCUGGGAGUACUUCAACGCCUUCCCCAGCCAGGUGCUCCCGGUUUUCGACAGCGCGCUGCGCCGGGCCGCGCUGGCAGCGCUGCAGGAGAGCGCGGAGCCCGCAGAGCUCAGCCUCAAGCAGAACCUCCACGCCAGGGUCUCGGGUUUGCCUGUUUGCCCAGAGCUGACUCGAGAGCACAUUCCUAAAUCCAAGGAUGUGGGGCACUUUUUGUCUGUUACUGGGACUGUCAUACGUACCAGCUCGGUGAAGGUUUUGGAGUUUGAGCGGAGUUACAUCUGCAACAAGUGCAAGCACGUGUUUGCUGUCAAGGCUGACUUUGAGCAGUACUAUGCAUUCUGUCGUCCAGCAGCCUGUCUCAACGAAGAAGGCUGCAACUCAACCAAGUUCAUGUGUCUCUCUGGAACUACCUCUUCUCCCACCUGCUGCAGGGACUAUCAAGAAAUCAAAAUUCAGGAACAGGUUCAGAGGCUGUCUGUUGGAAGCAUCCCUCGUUGCAUGGUGGUUGUUCUGGAAGAUGACUUGGUGGACAGUUGCAAAUCUGGAGAUGACAUCACAGUGUAUGGAGUGGUAAUGCAAAGGUGGAAACCUUUCCACGAGGGUGCACGCUGUGACUUGGAGCUUGUUUUAAAAGCCAACUAUGUUAAAGUGAACAACGAGCAGCUAGCAGGGGUUGUAAUUGAUGAAGAAGUUCGCAAGGAAUUUGAAGACUUCUGGGAAAGGCAUAGGAAUGAUCCCUUAGCAGGGAGGAAUGAAAUUUUGGCUAGCUUAUGUCCUCAAGUUUUUGGAUUGUACCUGGUGAAGCUGGCUGUAGCCAUGGUGCUUGCUGGUGGUGUGCAGAGGACUGAUGCGGCUGGAACUCGAACCAGAGGUGAAUCACAUCUUCUGUUGGUUGGAGACCCAGGUACAGGGAAAUCUCAGUUCCUCAAGUAUGCCGUAAAGAUUAUGCCACGCUCUGUGCUUACAGCAGGAAUUGGGUCCACAAGUGCAGGUUUGACAGUGACUGCUGUGAAGGAAUUUGGGGAGUGGAAUUUGGAAGCUGGAGCACUGGUGCUUGCAGAUGGAGGCCUCUGUUGCAUUGAUGAGUUCAAUAGUAUCAAGGAACAUGACAGAACCAGUAUCCACGAGGCAAUGGAGCAACAAACCAUCAGUGUUGCAAAGGCAGGCUUGGUGUGCAAGCUUAGCACGAGGACAACUAUCCUGGCAGCAACAAACCCUAAAGGCCAUUAUGACCCCAAUGAGUCUGUCUCUGUCAACAUAGCUCUUGGCAGUCCCCUGCUGAGCAGAUUUGACCUGGUUUUGGUAUUGUUAGAUACAAAGAAUGAGGAAUGGGACCACAUAAUUUCAUCCUUCAUCUUGCAAAAUAAAGGCUGCCCAAGCAAAUCAGAAAAGCUCUGGAGCAUGGAAAGGAUGAAGACCUACUUCUGCCUUAUAAAAAGCAUCCAGCCAAAAUUGUCUGAUGAGAGCAACCUGAUCCUUGUUCGCUACUAUCAGAUGCAGCGUCAGAGUGACUGCAGGAACGCUGCCCGCACCACCAUCCGCCUGCUGGAGAGCCUGAUACGCCUUGCAGAAGCUCAUGCCCGGUUGAUGUUUAGGGAUACUGUGACUUUGGAAGAUGCUGUAACUGUAGUGUCAGUGAUGGAAUCUUCUAUGCAGGGGGGUGCACUUCUUGGAGGCAUCAAUGCCUUACACACUUCAUUUCCAGAAAAUCCAAUGGAGCAAUACCGAACACAGUGUGAAAUCAUAUUGGAGCGGCUGGAGCUGAAAGAUCUUCUGCACAAAGAGCUACAAAGACUUGACAGAUUGCAAAUGCAAAAUUCAUGCCAGCAGCAGCCUGAAGAAACAAAUUCCAAUCCUACCACAAGGUGCUCAAAUGAGGAUGCAUUUGGUCAGUCAAAGCCAAGGUCUCAGUCAGAACCUUCAAAUCAAGAAGGGGAUAACUCUGGGCCACAGACACCUUUGCUUGAAGGCAGCUGUGAAGAGAAUAUUCAUCUAGAACCCUUGUGCAACCCAGCACAUGGUAAUAACAAAAAUACAAGCAGCCUGGCAUGGUUUGACAGCAUGGAAGAGAGCAGCAUUGAUGCUGAAGAAAAUUCUCAGAGGAAGUCUCAUGUGCCCAAAAUAUCUCCAAAUAAUUUGGCUUCAGAAACUUCAGGUUCUGAAGAAAGCUCGGCUUCAAUACCAAGGAAGCAAAAUGGAAUAAGGGAGUCACCAGCAGCUGUGGAUCUGCAUGCUCCUCUGAAACAAAAGGACAAAGUUUCCAAGUUAAGGAGGAAAAGGACUGAAGAACACAACUGUUCUUCAAACGAUAAUAUUGCAGACCCAGCACCAAGUGCUAGUGUGCAGGAUUCAGUUAUUAGACAGCAUGCUUCUAGAAGCUGGAAGAGGUUGCACAGGGAGAAGUCAUAUGGAUUCUUUACAAGUACACAGGACCCCAAGGCAAAGGCCCUUCCUUCAGAAUUACCUGCCUCUGGUCUGCCAGAUCUCUCAAGUGAUGCAGAUUCUGUGCUAGGAGAAGAGAACAGCGUAUCAGUAGCAGCAAAAAGUACAGCAGUUUCCAUAAGAAAAAGAAGUAAAGAUCAAGUAGUGAAGGAAACAAAGGUAGUGAGUUCCCAUGAGCAAGAAAGUGAAAGUCUCCCAGCUGCUAAACUAGCUAAAUUUUCUUUCAGACCAAGGACAAAGCUUGGUCAUUCUCCAGAGAAGACAAAUGAAGAAUUUUCUCAUUUUCCAAGUGAAACUAUUUUUAAGCCAGGAGAGCAGCUCCAGGGAAAGCAGCUUCCAGAAGAAUGCUGCCCACCUGAGAAAAGCAAGAUGACAGUGACUCACUUAGGAAAAUGUAGUUUGGAAAAAGGAUCAAUUGAUAAUAAAAGGGAAGAAGAGCAGAAGAGUGGGGCCUUAGGGAAAGAGAUCAGAGAAAGUGCAGCAAUACGCUCUGAUGUCAGUUUUGAUCAUGUGUCACCUCCACCCACUGAGAAGAAAAGGGAGGCAGAGGAAAAACUGGGUGGUUCAAGCGCAGGGAAGGUGCACUCCAGCAUAUUAGCUAAGCUGUCCACAUUCUCCUUUGUGUCACGUCCUGAGGCAAAAUCAGAAACCUCACCUGCCAUUAAGAAUGACACCAGCAAGGAAAGCCACAGCCCAUUGCUGCAGGUGCACGUGAGCAAUCCUAGCAAAAGGAAGAGUUUUGCAUUUGGAAAUUCUAGUACAGCCAGCGUGGUGACAAAAAAAUCUCUCUUCUCCAUAGCAGAGCUGGAUGAUGCUACAUUAGAUUUUGAUUGGGACAAAGAGGUUAGGAAAAAUCCAAGCAUGUAAAAUUUCUAUCCUCCCAAUUAUUUAACGUGCAGUUCUUCUGAAUUUUCACCUUCUAUCGCUUGUAUCCAUAGUUUUCAAAACAUUUCAUAGAAUCAUCCUGGACCUGUGAACAUCUUUCUUUAAGGGCUAUAUACUUUACAUAAGCAAGAACUGCUAGUGCUGCAGGCCUGAUUUGGAUUUUAGUUUUCUAAACUCUUCCCAAGACUAUUUAUCUCAGUUCACUGUUUUGAUUGAACUGAUGAACCCUAAAGACUGGUAUAGCUAUGUUCGUGUGUCCAGAGUGAAUGAUCUUGCAGAAGAGCACUCUUAAUUGACUUUAUCCUUUAUUUCAUGUGACACUCAGAACUACAUAUUAUUCAGCUUGUCCUUCCAAGUGGUGCCACUUUAGAAAAAUGAUGGCACUCAAGCUGUGUCAUUAUGUUUUGUUUAUCUGUAUGUGCAAUUUGUCUUAGCAUAGUUACUAUUGUGAUCUAUCAUCAUGCUAUGGUAAAUGUUUCUGUAUUUUGAAUAUCAUGACAACUUUGCUUCAUCUUUGAUUUGUCACACAGCUGAUGUUGAAAACACAGAUUGAGAGCUUUUUGUUUCUGUUUUUUACAUUCGGUUUUAAAUACACUGGUUCAGAUAUCUGUGUCUGUAUUCUGGGUUGUUUUAUCAAAACCUGACUCUGUAAUAAACACACAGUUCCCCACUGCAGAGACCAAUGAAUUUCAGGUGAUUGAAUAGGAGUUGUCAGUAACCAGGGUAACUUUAAUGCAGGCAUUAAGCCCUGGCAGAUAAACUACACUUCAAACCUAGCAGCACAGUGAAGAGCUUCCCUAGUGUAGCUGGGUUCUGAGUCAGAUAAUGUUUACUUGGAUAUUUUAAUUAUUAUUAGAGUUUUACUGCAUGUGACAUGUAGUUUGUCUUCUGUAGCAUGCUGCAUCUUGGGUCCUACAUUUGUCUAAUGGGAAGUUAAUCUACUAAUGUAUGACAUGUUUACAGAGAAAGGUAAGCCUUAAUUUUCUUCUAGUGACUUGCCUGGUAUGUUUCUUCUGUGUUUGAAUUCUCCACAGUGUAUUAUUAUUAUAACCUGCAAGGUAAACAGAGAAUAGAGUGGUUGCUUACUGCACAGUAAAUCCCUUGGGAGACUUGCUAGCAGAAAGAUCUGAUUCUCUCUUGAUAUGCUUAGAAGUAGCUCCUUUGAAACCAAGUGAGUUAAAACACUGCAGAAUUUCAGAGAAUUGAGGCAGUGUGAGGCCCAAGUACACCAGAGUGGUACAGUGAAAUUGUGAGAACACUAAGGAUGGUGUUGGCUUACUGUUCAGGGUUCAGCAAAGUGACAGAAACAUUGCUAUCCAGACUGAUUGUGUAGUUCUUCCACUGGAAACGUGCCAUCUACCAAAACAAGUGGAAUUCAUCCACCUCCCUCCCAAAGCACAGAGCCACCCUAUCAUGUUCCUCCUCACACCUGUGCCAGGGUGAGGCUGACAUGCACCCAUGACCUACUGCCCAUGGAAAUCAGACGUAUCCUACGGGGUGCUGUGUCUGCACUGAAAGAAGGGUCAAGAAUUCUGGGCCCAUGAGCAUUUGUGAUGGUCUUUCUACUUGAAUUUUUUUGCAUCAGCUGCCUGCAUGGUGGUCUCUUUUACAGUCAGAAAUCCUCCUUCCUAGUUUUUGGGUUCGAUGGGUGUUACUGGCUGGCCAGUGCAAAGCUAGAACAUAGCUACUGUCUUUACUAGCCAAGCUUCCAACCCUCAAAAUAAUAUGUUUGAGCGCAAGUUUGAUAAUGCCCUGGAGACGUUCCAGACUUUCUGGAAAGAGCAUGGUUGGGUCACUAUCUGUGUUUUAGGCAUCUAAAUCCAAACAUAGACUGUAGAAUUUAGGUAGAGUGAAUUUGUUAUUUUUGGUAGUGUCUUACUGGUGAUUAGUUUUUGUGGGAUAAUAUGCUGGAUAGUAUACCAGUAAAAAAGAAACUUUUCAGACUCCCCUGAUUAGAAAUAGUCAGCGUACUACUUUAUGAAAUGGAACAAUGAUUCUUUACUGAGCAGAGGUUUUUGAGAUUUCCCAUUUAGAAGCAAAGAAAAGGAGGCACAGGGACAUUCCACUGAGCUUGCAGAAAGGCCCAUCUUUUCUAUACUGCUGGAGGAAAAGUACUGUUGCCUUUCCAAACUGUCUGCAAAAAGGUCCUACUCACCCAAGUGUGAGGGGUAAGUAACCAAAGAAUACAUUUGGAAAAGCAGAUACUGCUGAGAUUGUUCUUUACCAGACCACUUGAAAUACUACUGUUGUGGUGCUGCUUCUGAUUCAUAGCAUGAAUUUGGAGCUUCCAAGAUAAAUGAGGAGCUCACAGUAACAAGAAAAUGAUACCUGCUGCUGAUUUACUCUCACCCUCACUGUUGCCAUUGCUACAGAACCCAUCUCUCAGUGCUUUGGCAGGGAACGUUGCUAACUUCUUUCCUUUCCCUUUAUAAAUCAACUUCCCCCACAAAUAAUCACAAGUUUUAAUGUUUUUUGAGUGCUACAAUAGCCCAAUGAUUGGUGAAUUUAAAGCACUAUGGCAGUGACAGUCUGCUGGGCUAACCUACAGAUGAAUUUUCUUUUUGAGUGCUUUGUGCAGUCAAGGGGCAGAUGAGUCACUUCCUGCCAGCCUGUCUUCCUGGCCACACACUGAGCCAUUAUCUGUUUUAUCACUUGCCUCUCUGAGUCUAUGGUCCAUCAAAUCAAUUAUUAUCGAAUACACUAGUAUUUUAUUAGGCUGUGUCAUGGAAGGAGAAUAUAUACGCCUGGUCAUGCAAUGUCAGUGCAGCUCCCUCCAAAGCUCCCCUGGGAGGUACUGCCCAUCCUAUUUAAGGGACUUCUGGAGCAGAUAUCUAGUUCUUAAGCUUGCAAAACAACCCAGAAUAGGAAUCACUUGCCAUGUAAACAUCUUGCAAAAACAGCCUUCAGUUCUUUCCAGCAGUAUGAAAAUUUUAAACAUGCCACAAAAAAAUCUGGCAGAAGUUGAACUGAGAAGGGAGUGUGUGCCGUGUGGCUGAGCUCCUCUGUUAAUAUGUUCUUGUGCUGACCCCAAGCCAGUCUUAUUCCCCUUCAUAUGCUGCUUUUCAUUCUAAAUAGCUGGCAAGCAGAAAAAAACCCUACAUGGCUGAGUUUGAUUGUUGUUCGUGUUUUUCUUAAGUGGUCUGAAUGCUGUGAUUCUUGCUGGAUACAUUAGUUAAUGAGUUAAAUAUCAUAAUAUGAUGUGCACCAGGAUUACAAAACCAAGUGAGCUAAAGCCAAAGACAAGGCAAAGUCAAACUGAACUGAAAGUUCUGAUUAGUAGAUUCCAUGUGAACAGAUGUCCCAAGUGAGGAUAUAUAAUAUCCCAUUCUAGAGAGAAUGUAUUUAUUGAUGGGAAGAUGAGGUAGAUAGAGUAUUAAGUGCUCUGUAUUUCAUGUGAAUGAGGCAAUAGCUUCAUUAAUAAUAAAUAAUAAUUAUGUCAUCUCCCUUAGGUAUCUAGUGUGCCUUUGCUUAUCAAUACUUUUCUUCCUGUUAGAAAGAAGAAUAUUAAUAGUUCCAAGGAAUAACAUUGUCCUUUACUUAAUAAGGAGCACAGCUAUUUUAGAAAAGAGUGAAAAUGUGUUUUUUGUCAAGUUUGACAUUCUGAGCCAAUUCAUGCAAAUACAGUUGUGCACGUAAUAUUUCUGUAUGUAUUACUGGAGAACUACAUACACAAAAAUACAUGCAUAACAAGGCCAUAUUGUUUAAAAAUGCAGAUGUUAUUAUACUGUAUUGUUGCAGUGCUGUUUACAAAGAGAUGUCCUUUGGAGCAGUGACUUUGCAAUCAGUAACAUUUCCUAACUUGAACUCAAUAGUCAUGAGAGAGUUACCACAUGUAAAAAGUCAAGGAAAGUAUGUGUCAUCACAGUCCCCAACAGAAAAGCUUGUACAAGCAAUACCUGCAUGACCAUGAUCACUCACAAGGUGUUGGCACCUUCUGAAUAGCAGGUACCAUGUUCUAAAUCAUCCUGUUACUGCUGUCAGCAUUAUUCCAUUCUCCCUGGCAACUGAAAGCAGUGGUGAAGAACAGUGGGAGCUGCAAGUUCUCUGAUGUAAUCAUCUUCUGUGUUCAGCAGCAUCCUUAUGUUGCUUAUCUUCAUUGCCAGAUCCUAGGUGAGUGCACCACAUUUUUCCAGAAAUGUUACUUGUCUUUCUCUGGAAGGGUUUUCUUUCUCCAAUCAAGGCACCUACUCACCACAACCCACUGUUCAUCUGUAGAACAAAACAUCACAAGGAAGAAAAGGAACACUUCUGUGGCUUCAACAGGAGAGAGGCAGUCAGCAACUUGAGCAGCUGCACCUGCAGCUCUGCUUCUAGUCCAUCUCAGUGGUCUGGAAGCACAGCUCUACUUGUUUCACCACCUUCAUUCCCAUUCAACACUACCAGGACAGCAGCUUUACUCCAUUCCCACUUUCAUGGCAAUGUGGAGAUGUGAAAAUGUCUUUGAAUAUAAACAUCUGUGUGCUUUACAGCCAUGAUUUUUAAGAGGUUCUUUUGGAUCACAGAUUGACCUCAGAAACUUUUGUAGUCAGAGUUAGAAUAAAUUUCUCUAAACUUUUCCUGGAAUUUCCCUAUGGCAAAUUAACUUUUUUGAUAAAAAUACUUUUUACAGUGUC